AUGUAUUUCGAAGGUGGUAUUUGUGUGGUGAAUCAAUUUGACAUGCGAUUAGAUCCAAUUAAGAUUCCUGUUUUCAAUGGUGAUCCAGCGAAUUGGCUGCCUUUCAAAGAUUUGUUCGAGGCACUAGUUCACAAUCGGAAGGAUCUGGAUUCCAGUUACAAAUUAAGCAAGUUACGCCAACAUGUCAAUGCAGACAGCGUACCAUUGGUCGGUGGACUUUAUACAGGCGGCUAUGAGGACAUGUGGCAGGAGAUGAAACGGCGGUUUGAUAAUCCACGUUUGUUAGUGGAAUCCCACGUUCAGCGUAUACUAAAUUUGCCCAACCAACCCACCGAAUCCCAGAAGGGCUUGCUUCGACUAGUUGACACCGUCCAAAAUGUGAUGCGAGCUUUAAGCGUUAUGGGUCUUCCGGUAAAUCAUUGGGACGCCCUCAUGGUGCCACUUUUGCUACCUAAAUUGCCCACAAUCACCAGGUAUGAGUGGGGGAUGAGCCUUCAGACGAACAACAUACCAAUGUCUCAGGAUUUUUUGACAUUUAUUGAGAAGCGUGCCAACAAUUUGCCUCAAGGAGCUACGAACAGUACAUCAACUUUUCAUCAGAGACCAACCCGUCCCGUUAAGGCUAACGUUGCAACGGUAAACUCAUCUCAGCCGUUACAUUCAGUGAAAGGGAUUACGGUUGUUUGCCAACUUUGCGCUAACGGACACCGAAUACACAAGUGUCAACGGUUCGUUAAUCUUUCCAUACCAGAACGGUGGGAUACAAUUAAGCGGCUUUCAUUAUGUUUCAACUGCCUUGGAAGUGAUCAUGGAUCUCGUGAUUGUACAUCGCGGGAUUGCUUAAGGUGUCAUCAUCGCCAUCAUACGAUGCUCUGCGAAAGCAACGUUGCGAAUAAUUCACCGGCUAUGGAGGAAGACACCAACAGUCACAUAAUCGAUCGGAAUAUAUCCGUGGAUACACCUUCAACACAGGUGCCACAGGUAUACCCACGACAGCAGUGA